GCAAAGCAGAACAUGGAACAACAUGAUAACCAUCAAUAACUAAACAAAAAUUUACCCAAAUUAGUAGCGGUAUCUUCUUGAGCGAAAAAAAAUGCCUGCAGAACAUCUUAUACUAGGAAUAGAUUUAGGAACAACUUCUGUAAAAGUUCUUGUUGUAAAUGGAGAAACCCAGCAAAUCAUUGCUAAACAAUCCAAAGAAACACAGUCUAAUGUGCCUAGUGAUCAAGGAACUGAUGGAAAUAAGCAAGAUGUGCCUAAAAUAAUUUCUGCCUUGAAUACUUGUGUUGCAAAACUUUCAAAAGAUUUACUUUCUCAGAUUAAGACAAUAGGAAUAUGUGGCCAAAUGCACGGUGUAAUGCUUUGGAACAACGAGGGCGAAGGUGCCUGGGAAAGAAUUGAAAGAGAUGGGACAUUGACACGCUAUGACGUAGUUCAAGACAAAGUAUCAGCACUAUACACUUGGCAAGAUAAUAGGUGUGACUCGGAUUUUUUGAGUUCUCUUCCCAAAUCAAAUUCACACUUUCCUCUGUGUUCCGGUUAUGGUACUGCAACGUUAUUCUGGAUGGCAAAGCAUAAGUAA